AUGAAUGUCCCAGAGCAGGGGUUCCCGCUGGACCUCGGCGCGAGCUUCACGGAAGAUGCGCCCAGGCCCCCCGUGCCAGGUGAAGAGGGAGAGCUGGCGCCCAGCGACCCGAGGCCAGUCAGCCACGGCUUCUGCUCAGGGAAAGGGGAGACGUCGACAGCCACCCCCCGGCGCUCUGACCUGGACCUGGGCUACGAGCCUGAAGGCAGUGCCUCGCCCACACCCCCGUACCUGAAGUGGGCCGAGUCACUGCAUUCCCUGCUGGACGACCAGGACGGCAUACACCUGUUCAGGGCCUUCCUGAAGCAGGAGGACUGUGCUGACCUGCUGGACUUCUGGUUCGCCUGCAGCGGCUUCCGGAAGCUGGAGCCCUGCGACUCCAACGAGGAGAAGCGGCUGAAGCUGGCCAAGGCCAUCUACCGGAAGUACAUCCUGGACAGCAAUGGGAUCGUGUGCCGGCAGACGAAGCCGGCCACCAAGAGCUUCAUCAAGGGCUGCAUCAUGCGGCAGCAGGUCGACCCUGCCACCUUCGACCAGGCCCAGACGGAGGUCCAGUCCGCCAUGGAGGAGAACACCUACCCGUCCUUCCUCAAGUCUGACAUUUACCUGGAAUACACGCGGACAGGUGCUGAGAGCCCCAAGGUCUGCAGUGACCAGAGCUCGGGGUCAGGGGCAGGGAAGGGCGUGUCUGGGUACCUGCCCACCCUGAACGAGGACGAGGAGUGGACAUGUGGCCCGGACGUGGAGGAUGAGGACGGCAGGGGUGCUGCCCCCUCCAGCAGGCUCACCCAGAAGCUGCUCAUGGAGACGGCUGCCCAGCGCACCUCUGCGGGCCGGCGGAGCAGUGAAGGCAGGGAGCUCAGGCAUGGAUCCUGGCGGGAACCAGUCAACCCCUACUAUGUCAACUCCGGCUACGCCCUGGCCCCAGCCACCAGCGCCAAUGACAGUGAGCAGCAGAGCCUGUCAAGUGACGCUGACACCCUGUCCCUCACCGACAGCAGCGUGGACGGCGUCCCCCCGUACAGGAUCCGCAAGCAGCACCGGCGGGAGGUGCAGGAGAGCAUGCAGGUGAACGGGCGGGUGCCUCUGCCUCACAUCCCCCGCACUUACCGGAUGCCAAAGGAGGUCCGUGUGGAGCCACACAAGUUCGCCGCGGAGCUCAUCCACCGCCUGGAGGCUGUGCAGCGCACGCGAGAGGCUGAGGAACAGCUGGAGGAGCGGCUGCGGCGGGUGCGGAUGGAGGAGGAGGGUGAAGAUGUGGACGUGGCCCCUGGCGUUCUGGGGGCAGGCCACAAGCUGCCUCACCCCCAGGCCUGGCACCACUUCCCGCCGCGCUACGCGGACGCGGGCUGUUCGGGGCCCCGAGACGCCCAUGAGGAGGACCCCGAGAGCAUCCUGGACGAGCAUGUGCAGCGGGUCCUGCGUACGCCCGGCCGCCAGUCCCCAGACAGCGGGCAUGUGACCAGGCUGCCCACGGCGCUGGGUGGGGCAGCUGGGCAUGGCAAACAUGCCGCCAAAGCAGGCACAAAGCUGGACCCGGCCGGCCUGUACCACCACCGGCAUGUCCACCACCACGUUCACCAUGGUGCGGCCAAGCCCAAGGAGCAGGUUGAGGCGGAGGCCGCCCGCCGUGUCCAGGGCAACUUCCAGUGGAGCCCAGAGCUGCACAGCUUCGCCAAGCCUCGCGGCUUCCCUGAGAGUGCGGGCACUGCCCCCGCGGCCACCGACAGCCUGGGCUACAGUGGGAAGCCAAGUGCGUCCUCCAAGAGGACAGCCAAGAAGGUGGAGGUGGGCCGGGGUGUGACCCCUUCAGAGGUGCCGGGCUCGCCCGAGGGGGCAGAGAAGACGCAGACCAUCCUGCAAUGGAUCAUCGAGGGCGAGAAAGAGAUCAGCAGGCACCGGAAGGCCGGCCACGGACCUUCCGGGGCCAAGAGGCAGCAGGCCCACGAGAACACCAGGCCCCUGUCCGUUGAGCGCCCCGGGGCCGUGCACCCCUGGGUCAGCGCCCAGCUGCGGAAUUCCGUCCAGCCUUCUCAUCUCUUCAUCCAAGACCCCACUAUGCCCCCCAACCCUGCGCCCAACCCCCUGACCCAGCUGGAGGAGGCCCGCCGGCGUCUGGAGGAGGAGGAAAAGCGGGCCAGCAAGCUGCCCGCCAAGCAGAGGACGAAGUCACAGAAGAAGGCGGGCGGCGUGAGCACUCCGCCGUGUGACAGCAUCGUUGUGGCCUACUAUUUCUGUGGGGAGCCAAUUCCCUACCGGACCCUGGUGAAGGGCCGUGGGGUCACCCUGGGCCAGUUCAAGGAACUGCUGACCAAGAAGGGCAGCUACAGAUACUACUUCAAAAAAGUGAGUGACGAGUUUGACUGCGGUGUGGUGUUUGAGGAAGUCCAGGAGGACCAGGCCACCCUGCCCAUCUUCGAGGAGAAGAUCAUUGGCAAGGUGGAGAAGGUGGACUGA